AUGGCCGCCAUAGACUCAACAGCCACCCAGGCAACCACCAAGCCGGCCGUCCCCGUCGUCACCUCAUUCCCCUUCAACCCGCUCACAACGACCUUCACCCGCCCGUCCGACUGCGACGGCCUGUUUGCGUCCUCGUUCCUCUCCGGCAUCGACUUCUCCACGUCGUGCGUGCCCAAGGGCUUCCACACCGACGAGACGUCCUACUUUUCCCCGGGCCUCAUCUGUCCCUCGGGCUACUACUCCGCCUGCCACGACAACAUCGGCGCCAGGACAAUCACCACAGUCACAUGCUGUCCGACGUACGGCAGCGACGUCUCGCUCUCGUGCGUCACGGCGAGCACGCUGAGGAGCGUCUGGUCGACGCUCUUCUGCACGUGGAUCGCGCCGGACGGCGACGGCACGGUGCUGCCCAUGACGGUGAGCAACGGCGGGACGACGAGCACGGUGCAGGGCGCGUUUACGGCGCCGGGGGGCCUGAAUGCGUACGGCAUCCGGAUGGUCUAUCAGAAGACGGACACGGAGACGACGACCAUGGCGACGAGGACGACGUCGUCGCCCACGAGGAGCAAGGCCACCACCACGGCGACGAGGACCGGGGGCCAGCCGGGCAAGACGAGCGAGGCAUCCUCUGGGUUGUCAUCUGGCGCAAAGGCCGCGAUUGGGGUCGGGGUUGCCGUGCCGAUUGCUGUCGUCGGGCUGGCUCUCGGCCUCUUCUUCUGGUGGUGGAGGAGGCGGAAGCAGUACAACAGGGUGCGCGCGGGCCAGACGACGCCGCCUACGGAGCUCUCCGGGCACCAGAGGCCGAGCGAGCUGCCGAACGAAGGGGUGAACAAGCCCGUGUAUGUGGCCGAGGUGCCGGCGCAUGAACCUCCUGCGAUAGAGCUCCCGGCGCCGUUGAGUUUGUUGGUUAUGAAGGCGAGUUCGAAUGUGUGA